CUCUUUGCAGAUGUAGUCCCGAAGACGAUUGAAAACUUCAGAGCUCUUUGCACGGGUGAAAAAGGCUUUGGCUACAAGGGCUCCAAAUUUCACAGAAUUAUCCCUGAGUUUAUGUGUCAAGGUGGCGACUUCACCAAUCAUAAUGGUACCGGAGGCAAAAGCAUUUAUGGGAAUAAGUUUGAGGACGAGAACUUCAAGCUAAAGCAUGACCAGCCUUAUCUCCUUUCAAUGGCCAACGCAGGCCCGAACACGAAUGGUUCUCAAUUCUUCAUAACCACAGUCUCGACUCCAUGGCUAGACGGGAAGCACGUCGUGUUUGGAAAAGUUGUAGAGGGCAAAGAGGUUGUGAAAUUGAUGGAAUCCUGCGGCUCUUCUUCGGGCAAGCCGUCCAAGACUAUGGUUAUUUCUGACUGUGGACAAUUGCCCGCAUAG